AUGUAUUGCAAUGAAUGGUUUGUGUACGACGAUUGGCGACGAUGUGGUCUGUGCUUGAACAAGAAUCAAGCUUCUCAACAAGCAAAACCACCACGGGCUAGGCACGAGUACGGCGUGCUGUUUGCUGUGGGACUUCCGCGCUCUCGAAGAGUUCAACGGAAACUGCUUCUUGAGAGUCAGCUGUACGGAGACAUCAUUCAAGCGGAUUUUGAGGAUGUGUAUUUCAACCUCACAACCAAGGUACUCAGUGCGCUUCGGCUGGUAUUUUGUUACUGUCCACAAACGAAGGCUAUUAUAAAGAUCGACGAUGACGCUGCCUGGAAUAUUGUACGUACAAAGCAUCUCGUGCAACGUCAUUUGGAUCAUAAUGAAAUUUAUGGACAAAUGGUUGUUACAAAAGAAGAGUGGGGCCGAAAUGACUAUCCGCCAUUUUGUCGAGGAAUGGCUUACGUGAUCCCACGACGAGCAGCAGAGAAAAUGCUGUCCGUUGUCCCCUUACAACAAUUUCUUAAGGUAUCUCUCUUCAUUACUUAG